AUGGAGAAAUGGUUCUGUACCCCCAAGGAAUAUUUGCAUUUCUAUGCUGCUCAUGAUCCCAGCGCCUCAACACCAGGAGAAAAGCCGGAGCAUAUGCAUGAUUUCCAAGUGAAAACCAGUCUCAAGUACUUGUCAGGAAAGCACCUCCUAGCAUUUUCAGAGAGAUACCUUUCGGUUCUCAAGAGCAGGCUAGUGAAGCUCGAGAUUCCAACUAACAGUUGGGUAGAGAUCUCGGAUCUUUACACAUGGCUUCAGGGUCAGAUUACUCCCUCAGUUAUUGAAGCCAUGAUGGGUUCGCAACUGCUGGAAAUGUAUCCCGGCAUCGUGGAGGAUUUUUGGGAAUUCGAGCAUCAGGUCGCCAACUAUUCCCGUGGCUUGCCUCGCUGGAUGAUGCCAUCGGCAUACAAAACUCGGGCUCGUUUGCUGGCGAAUCUCAAAGCAUGGAAUCGGCGUGCAAAUCGCGAAUCGGAUUAUAGGCAGUAUGGGGAAGAGGGACCGGAGUGGGAUGAAUUCUUCGGAUCCAAAUACAUCAAAGCGCGUGAAGAUUAUAUGAGGAAGUAUGGCAUGGAUGACGACUCAAUCGUAUCUGAGAACCUUGCCCUUCUCUUUGGGGGAGAGUUCUCAACUGAAAGACCUAGAUCUAAUGCAAAUGCCGUUCCCGCUGUUUUCUGGUAUAUUUUCGAAUCCUUCAAGGACUUGGAAUUACAAGCAAAUCUGCAGACCGAGCUCCAAGAUUGUCUAAAACCCGAAACUAGUGAUUUUGAUAUUCCCAAGUUUUCCACUAAACCUUUGCUGCAAUCCACUUUCGCGGAAGUAUUGCGCCUUCGCGUCACAACCACCACGAUACGCACAAAUGAAGAUGCCCACUUCAAGCUAGAUCCUGGCUAUACUAUUGGCAAAAACAAAAUAAUGGCAAUAUUCUCUUCGGCCUGGGAAGCCACAAGACCUGAGAGCGUUACCAAAUCUCUGGAUGAAUUCUGGCCAGAACGCUUUCUUGCUCGAAAGGACAAAGAUGCCAAAUUCAGUCUUGAAGGCUUGACUGAAUGUUGGAUGCCUUACGGUGGAGGUCACCGUAUGUGUCCAGGUCGCCAUUUCGCCAAGAAUGAAAUCAUUGGCACGCUGGGACUGCUCUUGGAAUUGUUUGAAUGUGAGCUGGUCGAUGUUCAGCAAGCUGAACAGGUCCCGGCCGGACACAAGAUGGGUGCCCUACGGAACGUUACCACCUACGAAGAAGGUAGCCGUGAGACUUCGAAGACGCACAGAAUGAGGUUAUUUUAG